AUGUUUGCGCCUCAGAUGGACCAGUCAGCAAGGUCUGAUAUCCUCCUGAAAUUGCUCUUGAUAGGCGAUAUGAAUGUUGGAAAAAGUAGCCUUCUCUUCCGGUACAUUGAUGAUGGUUUUAGCGACACUUACAUGAGUACAAUCGGAGUAGACUUUAAAGUGAAAACAGUCAUGGUCGGUAAUACAAGAGUGAAACUACAAAUUUGGGAUACAGCCGGACAAGAAAGAUUUCGCACCAUUACAUCAACAUAUUAUCGUGGUGCUCAUGGAAUUAUCAUCGUAUAUGAUGUGAAUGAUGUGAGAACCUUUUGCAGUGUAGAAAAAUGGGUUAAUGAAGCAAAAACAUAUGCAGAUGAAGGCGUUGCACGGAUAUUAGUUGGUAACAAAAAUGAAAGUGAAGAAUUGAAGACUGUGGCCACAUAUGAUGCUCAACGUUUAGCAGCUAAAUGCUCAUGUUUUUUCAUUGAAACAUCAGCUAAAAAUGAUGAAAAUGUUGAUCAGAUGUUUGAUAUCAUUACAAGAGAAGCACUUCGUCUACGAUUGAAUGCUAUACAAAAGCAACAAGAAGCUCAACAAACAGUUGUACAAUUGACGCCUAUUUCUGGACUUAAAACAAAACCGAAAUUAAAAUGUUGUAAAGGUGGUUAAUCUUAAUUUUCUUCAUAUGACAUUAUUACUAACUAGCUGAUGGUAAAAUUAUUUCAUCGUCAUCAUCAUCAAAAAAGACACAAGAGUAAACAGUCAAACACAAUCUUGAAAUAUUCAAUUACUAAUCUGUGUAUAUAUAAAUAUAUAAUAUUGGAAGAAAGAAAAAUUGAUACGAAGAAGGGAAAUGAAGAAUGUAUGAUCUACUAUCCUAUCUCAUUUUAUUUAUAUGAUUCUCUUUCUGCUGCCAUAUUUCUUAUCAGCGAUUAUUUUCUAAUUUGUGUAUAUCUAUCUCACUAACUGACUGACUGACUAACUAACCUGGUGAAUCUCAGUUAACUUCCAAAGCAAGGAGGUUAGUUACAACAGUGUCAUUUUAUUUGUUUUUUUUUUCGAUUUCUUUUGUUUUUA